AUGCCGCAUGGCAUCCCUUUAAAUUCGAGCCCCGGUGAACCCGUGGCUCACGAAAAGGGUCUGCUUGUUUCCUCCAGUAUUCUGCUGUAUCACAAAACUAGCUAUCAUUUUCCUCUUCCUUUCAGUGUAGAAAAGUCCUCCUAUGAUCUGGUGAAUCAUCAAGGAGGUGGAUCAGGCGGGUAUCUUGAGCAUGUUAUCAGACACGCAGCAAAGGAAAUGUAUGGACACAGCUUACGGCACAUAGAGUAUAAAAUAUUACGAAACCAAGAUUUUCAAGAAGUCACUCUUGAACUGGAAGGAAAACCAGCAAUAAAAAUGGCCUUGGCAUAUGGAUUUAGGAACAUUCAGAAUAUUGUGCAGAAAGUGAAGAGAGGAAGAAAAGUUCCGUAUCAUUUUGUUGAGAUUAUGGCCUGUCCAUCUGGCUGUAACAACGGAGGAGGGCAGAUACGCCCAGCAGGGGAAGAAACUCCAAAGGAAUUACUGGGAAGAGUUAGUGAACUUUAUUCCUCACUGAAAACAGUAGAACCAAAUGAUGUCACUGGAAUUAAGCAGCUGUACACAGAGUGGCUUGGUGGAUCAGACUCAAACAAAGCCAGAAAAAUGCUGCAUACAAAAUACCACGAAGUGGAAAAAAUGACAAAUGCACUGACAAUUAAAUGGUGA